AAUCAGCAAUUUAUCACCUGGUAACACUGCUAAGAAAAUUUUGUAAACAACGACGUGGUCGUAGUAAAUUGAAUUAGAAUUUAAUCAUAAAUAUGCAUCAAUAUGUGGUGUUUCUGCUCAUGGCGUUAAGUUGCCAGCAAAUCCAAGCGGAGUUGUCGGGCGCCGAAUGCCGGGAAUUGGGAUUCAUAAAGGCCCAGUUAAUGUGCUCCAGUUGCGACAAACUGGACGAUUUUGGACUGGAUACCAUCAAACCCCAUUGCAAGCAAUGCUGCACUUUGGAUCAACAGCCGGCGGCCCAGCGAACUUAUGCUAAGGCUAUUUUGGAGGUAUGCACCUGCAAAUUCCGGGCCUAUCCACAGAUUCAGGCCUUCAUCCAAAGUGGCCGUCCUGCCAAGUUCCCCAACCUUCAGAUUAAAUACGUACGGGGCUUAGAUCCAGUGGUCAAGCUUUUGGAUGCCAGUGGUAAGGUUCAAGAGACGCUAUCCAUUACCAAGUGGAACACGGACACCGUGGAGGAGUUCUUCGAAACGCAUCUGGCCAAGGAUGCCUCUGGAAAGAAUUCCUACAGUGUGGUAGAAGAUGCCGAAGGAGAUGACGAUGAAGAUUAUCUGCGUACCAAUAGGAUUUGAAAUUAGCAUUCUCCAAAACAGUAGAUUAAUAAAUUCAGUAGAAAACCAUAAUUUUUCAUAAAAAAAAAAACAAAUUGAGUCAUGGAAUAAUUGGGAUAAACAAAACUGAGGUGUUUCUCUCUCUCAUUAUUAAUUUAAUAGAAAUAUUACAAAAAAUAA